AUGAAGAUGUUGACAAGACUCCAAAUUCUUAUGUUAACUUUGUUCUCAAAGGGAUUUUUACCCUCUUUUGGGGAUCACAACUUUAUGAGGAGGGAAAUUAAAAUAGAAGGUGACCUUGUCUUGGGUGGUUUAUUUCCUAUUAAUGAAAAAGGCACUGGAACUGAAGAGUGUGGGCGAAUCAAUGAAGACCGCGGUAUCCAACGCCUGGAAGCCAUGUUGUUUGCUAUUGAUGAAAUCAACAAAGACGAUUACUUGCUACCAGGAGUGAAGCUGGGUGUUCACAUUUUGGAUACGUGUUCAAGGGAUACCUACGCACUAGAGCAAUCGUUGGAGUUUGUCAGGGCAUCUUUGACUAAAGUUGAUGAAGCUGAAUAUAUGUGUCCUGAUGGAUCAUAUGCUAUUCAAGAAAACAUGCCGCUGCUCAUUGCAGGGGUCAUUGGUGGCUCAUACAGCAGUGUUUCCAUACAGGUGGCAAACCUGCUGAGGCUCUUCCAGAUCCCUCAGAUAAGCUACGCCUCCACCAGCGCCAAACUCAGCGACAAGUCGCGCUAUGAUUACUUUGCCAGGACCGUGCCUCCUGACUUCUACCAGGCCAAAGCCAUGGCCGAGAUCUUGCGCUUCUUCAACUGGACCUAUGUGUCCACUGUCGCCUCUGAGGGUGACUACGGGGAGACGGGGAUUGAGGCCUUCGAGCAGGAAGCCCGGCUGCGCAACAUCUGCAUCGCCACUGCGGAGAAGGUGGGCCGCUCCAACAUUCGCAAGUCCUACGACAGCGUGAUCCGCGAGCUGCUGCAGAAGCCCAACGCGCGCGUCGUGGUCCUAUUCAUGCGCAGUGAUGACUCCCGAGAGCUGAUCGCCGCAGCCAGCCGCGUGAAUGCCUCCUUCACCUGGGUGGCCAGCGACGGCUGGGGCGCGCAGGAGAGCAUCGUCAAGGGCAGUGAGCACGUAGCCUACGGAGCCAUCACCCUGGAGCUGGCGUCCCAUCCUGUUCGCCAGUUCGACCGCUACUUCCAGAGCCUCAACCCCUACAACAAUCACCGCAACCCCUGGUUCCGAGACUUCUGGGAGCAGAAGUUCCAGUGCAGCCUCCAGAACAAGAGAAACCACAGACGGGUUUGCGACAAGCACCUGGCCAUUGACAGCAGCAACUAUGAGCAAGAAUCCAAGAUCAUGUUUGUGGUGAACGCAGUCUAUGCCAUGGCGCAUGCGCUGCACAAGAUGCAGCGUACCCUCUGUCCUAACACCACCAAGCUCUGUGAUGCGAUGAAGAUCCUGGACGGAAAGAAAUUGUACAAGGAUUAUUUGCUGAAAAUCAACUUCACAGCUCCGUUCAACCCGAAUAAAGGAGCAGACAGCAUUGUGAAGUUUGACACUUUCGGAGACGGGAUGGGAAGAUACAACGUGUUCAACUUCCAGAACGUGAAUGGAAAGUAUUCCUACUUGAAGGUUGGCCACUGGGCAGAAACUUUAUUUCUAGACGUAGACUCUAUCCACUGGUCCCGAAACUCAAUCCCCACUUCCCAGUGCAGCGACCCCUGUGCCCCCAACGAAAUGAAGAAUAUGCAGCCAGGGGACGUCUGCUGCUGGAUCUGCAUCCCUUGCGAGCCCUACGAAUACCUAAUCGAUGAGUUCACCUGUAUGGAUUGUGGGCCUGGCCAGUGGCCAACGGCUGACCUCUCGGGAUGCUACAAUCUUCCAGAGGAUUACAUCAAGUGGGAGGACGCCUGGGCAAUAGGCCCAGUCACCAUUGCCUGCCUGGGUUUCAUGUGCACGUGCAUAGUUAUAACUGUGUUUAUCAAGCACAACAACACGCCCUUGGUCAAAGCAUCAGGCCGAGAACUCUGCUACAUCCUGUUGUUUGGAGUGAGCCUGUCCUAUGGUAUGACAUUCUUCUUCAUUGCUAAACCAUCACCUGUUAUCUGCGCAUUGCGCCGGCUUGGGCUUGGGACCUCCUUCGCCAUCUGUUAUUCGGCUCUGCUGACCAAAACAAACUGCAUUGCUCGCAUCUUCGAUGGUGUCAAGAACGGCGCCCAGAGGCCAAAAUUCAUCAGUCCCAGUUCUCAGGUUUUUAUCUGCCUGGGUUUGAUCCUGGUGCAGAUUGUGAUGGUGUCCGUGUGGCUUAUCUUGGAGACUCCAGGCACAAGAAGAUACACCCUUCCAGAGAAGCGGGAGACAGUCAUCCUAAAAUGCAAUGUCAAAGAUUCCAGCAUGUUGAUCUCUCUGACCUAUGAUGUGGUCCUGGUGAUCCUAUGCACUGUCUAUGCUUUUAAAACAAGGAAGUGUCCUGAAAACUUCAAUGAAGCCAAGUUCAUAGGCUUCACCAUGUACACCACCUGCAUCAUCUGGUUGGCCUUCCUCCCAAUAUUUUAUGUGACAUCGAGCGACUACAGAGUGCAGACGACAACUAUGUGCAUCUCCGUUAGCCUGAGCGGUUUCGUGGUCUUGGGCUGUUUGUUUGCCCCCAAGGUACACAUUGUCCUGUUCCAACCCCAGAAGAAUGUCGUCACGCACAGGCUUCACCUCAACCGGUUCAGUGUCAGCGGAACUGCCACCACGUAUUCUCAGUCCUCCGCAAGCACGUACAUGCCGACGGUGUGCAACGGAAGGGAAGUUCUCGACUCCACCACCUCAUCUCUGUGAAUGUGAUAUGCACUUCAGUUCGUACGUUCUUAGGCCGUUAGCCCAAGCGCUCAUGUGCUGCCACAGAACAUGGGGACAGAGCAAAAGAACAACCCUGGCACCUUUUUUUCUAGAAACAAUAAAUUAUUUUUGAGGACUGUUCAGUAUCUAGUGAUGUGCUACGACUUUCUAGGCUGAUUUUAGUGCCCCUAAUAACACCCCCUCCCCGAACAUGGAAAU